UCUGUAUAUCUCUUGUCUCUUUGGAAAUUUCAAAGCAGCAAUUAGAGGACUUUAAAGCAAGAGGUAAUUCAAAACAAUUUGGUAUGGCGUGGUAUUCAAAUACAGUGGAUGACGCACAGUGGACUAUACAAAAUCAAAUAUAAAAUGAAUGAAUCGUAUGAGUAGGUUUUGAGGUUUUGAAGAAUGGCGGGCUGCGGGCUACUGGUGCGCGCUCUGUAGGCGGCUUUCUGUCUGCGAAAUAUGGCAACACCGUCGUUCCCCUCCUCCCAUUGCGAUCGCAAUAUCAAUAUGAAUGGCUGGAAUGUGAAAGUGUUUUAACAACAAUCAUGGCGGAUGACGACGAAGUUGAUAUAUUGGGCGAUUUUAAUUUGGAGAAUUUGCUCACCAAAGACGAAAAUCGCCUAGCAUCUUGUUACGAUGGAGGUGUUGGAUCUGAUUUACUUCAGUGUGAUUACCCAUCUUCUUGGUAUCUGGAUGUUGGCUCACCUCCCUGGUACGAAAGAAGUCAACUGGACCCGUUUUCACCUUUACCAUUCUCACUUCCACCAAGUUCCUCACCAAAUAAUCUUCAGUGGAGCGACCCAUCUGUGGGCUCUCCUACCAGCUCUGGUGGAAACAGUACCAACUGGACUGAUAAGGAACGCAGUUUAUUAGAAGAAGGAUUGGAGUUAUUUGGGAGAAGCUGGUCCAGGCUGUCUCAGUUUAUUGGGACCAAAACAGCAUACCAAAUCAAGAGUUACUUGAAACUUGCCAGACCUAGCAGCGAAAGUGAGACACUCUCAGUGUCCAUAUCCUCCAGCACUGAUGGAAAUUUACAUAAUCCAACAGUGUCAGCUGGUAAUAGCAAUAUAUCAUAUACAGAACUCAUAGAUGACUUACAAAUACCUGCCUCAAUGGAAGAGGUGAUUGCUGUAGUGAGUACAGCUCAAACUACAAUCUCAACAAAUCAAGGAAAUAUGCAUAAAACAUCUGAAGGUACCAACAAUAGGAUGAAAAAGAGGAGAAUAAAACCCACACAGAACACUAAAGCUAAAAGGGGACGACCUCCACGAGUACCAGUUCUAAGUCCUCCUGUGAAACGAGGGCGUGGGCGUCCAAGAAAAUUACAAGGAGGGUCUACAACCGAUCAUUCUGCUGAACAGGGAAAGAAUAUUAAUGUCAUCUCGGAACUUACAGAAACGCCUAGACUAGGAGAAGAAGUUGUAAGAAUCAGAAGCCUCAGUUCAGAUGACUCUGAUGUUGACAUUGAUAUUGAAGAUGAAGAAGAUAAGGCCUUCCCUGAGAUCAAAAAAGAAAGUGAAGAGUUCGUUUCUAAAUUAGACAUUACAAGCAGUAAAGGGGUGUCUGUUGAGGAAAAAAUGAAUUCUUCCCUUUCAUCAACACAGGACCUGUGCCUAGAACAUCUAAGUGAAGAAAAAACUGAAAAUAUUGAGGAACCUCUGGUAAAAAUGGAAAAGCUAGAAUCCACUUCCACUGGGAAGGAAACAAAGACUUUAAUCUCACACCAGGACAUCCUGGAUCAAAUUUAUCAAUUACCUCCUCCUAAAAGUGAACUCAUUUUGAGACCAGAUGAAAUUUUAGAUGAAGAACAGUCAAUCCAUGCGGAAUUUUUUGAGGGUCGUCCAGCCAAAACACCAAGAAGAUAUCUCAAGAUACGCAAUCAUAUCAUAGAUUGUUGGCUUCAGAGUAAACCAAUAUAUGUUACAAAAACAUCUGUCCGUGCUGGUUUACGAAACUGUGGUGAUGUUAACUGUAUUGGAAGAAUUCACUCUUACUUGGAACAAAUUGGUGCUAUAAACUUUGGUUGUGAACAAACCAAAUACAAUCAUGCUCCCACAAGUCAAACUGCAUCAAGCAGUAAAGUUGUGGCUUUAUCAUCAGUAAAGGAAAAAGUAAACAGAGAGCUGCUGUGUAUAGAAGGCAUGCGGCCCCGCAAGAAAAAGCAAGAGAUAGAUGAGGAUCUAAUGGGUUCAACUGAUGGAGGUUACACAAUUCUUCAUAAGGAUGAUGGACAAACUUUUCUGACUUACAAUUCUAUGGUCAAACCCAAAGUUCACAAACCUGACUCAUCAAUAAAACUUCUUUACUGUUCAAAAUUUUCUAGUGAAAAACCGGCACCCUUUACUGUGCACCUUCAUGUCGGAGCUCUUCUUGUCAUCGAUGUUCAUGCUCAUUGCUCGCAUAAUGUGGAAGUGAUGGGAUUGCUGGGAGGCGAAUUACGCGAAGAUUCCCUGCACAUAGUUCAAGCUGUUUCAUGUCAAGCUAGCCGUAGCAGCAGUACACAUUGUGAUAUGUGUCCAGUUUCACAAAGUGAAGCCAGUGAUAAAUUAUCCAAGGAAGGAUUAAGUGUCGUGGGAUGGUAUCAUUCUCAUCCAACAUUUGUUCCGAAUCCUUCACUUCAGGAUUUGUCUACACAAGCAGAAAUGCAACGAUGGUUUUCUGACACAAAGGCUGCACCUUUUGUGGGUCUCAUUCUGUCCCCUUAUUGCUCAAAUACUACUUCUUUUGCUAGUAUUUUUAGGGUUUUAGUAGUGGAUCCAGAAGGAGAAUCAGGAGGAACGCCAUACCGUUUCCCUGUCAAUAUUGUAGCUGAAGAUGUUGAUGUGGCUGAACUACUCGGACAUGUUGAUGGAGCAAUUACUUCGAUGAGAAAACCGAGCCUUGAUGGUCCACUGUACUCCCAUAGCCCCGAUGUUCCUGCUCUGAGCUGUUUCCAUAAGUGUAGGGAGAGUAUUCGGAAGCAUCUAGAAUCAUGUCAACCACCUCUCUCACCUGAUUUGCGGCGUCGAAUUCUUGAAGGAAUUCUAGAAAUUUGCAAAAUACGGUGCAAUGUGGAUCCUCUAAAAAAGUAGUUUUACUUUAUCAAAACUUAUGUCAAUAUGCCAGCUAUUUUAAAUCCUACCAAUUCUAAUUGUUAUUUGAAGAUUUGAAAGCUUGUGGAAAAUACUGUGCUGUUGAGUUACACAUUAAGGUGACCUUACACUUUGUCUAUCCACUGUGUCUGGUUUGUCCUUUUGCCGUUUUUAUUUAUUGCUUUUGUCAUCUAAGUGUCUCAGAGUGUGUCAAAAUACAUAGUCCUUUAUUUGAACAACUUCUUGACACUUCAGGGCCAAAUAACAUGGUAAACACACCGGCCAAACACUGCGAAUACUCUUAGUGUAAGUGUGUUUCCUUUUUUUUAUUAGAGGGCAAGUGUGAUGAGGAGACUUUUAAAGUAUAUAAUAUGGGUAGGUAUUUUGUACUCAGGCAUAUCCUCUCCGUACUUUGACUCCUAAAAUUCAUUAACAGUUUUUUGUCACUGUUUGGAUAUGUUAAAGACGUCUUCCGAAUUUUUCUCUUAUCCAAUGGAUGUUGGGCUUUUAUUGAGCCUCAAAUUGUAAGCAAUGAAAUGUUGAGACUAUUAGUGAAAAGGUCUAUGAUCUGUUUUGCAGGUAUACUUGUUUUAUAAUUUGUAGCUUUUUUCACUUAAUGUUUUGUUUGGAGGGUGUAAAGUGUUCAUUGCAGAGACUCUUACUUUUCAUGGCAUUCAGUAUCAUGAACUCAAAUUACUGAGUGUAUAUUUUUAUCUGGUUGCAUAAUUUCUAUGCUUACAGCACUAAAACAGUAUUUACUUCUUCUUUGUAUGCAGUAUUAUUGUAUAUUUUUGUAAAUGGAUUUGUAUGGAAUGUAGCUGUUUGUUAGAAAUUCUAACAGCUUUCUUUACUCUUAAAAUAGUUUCUAAAUGUGUGAUUGAGAAUGUCUCAAACACAAUACGGUAACAAUUUCUGUGAUAUGGGACUUCUAACAAGUGUUAGGAUAACGAAUUUUAUUUAGUAUUAAUAAAUACGGCAAAGUUUAUGUAUGUAUGUAUUUUAAAAACGAGGGCUUAAGCUAUAUAUGUUUUGUGUAAUUGUAGUCGUUGUAAUUGAAGAUUCCUGUAUGUACGUUAAUUGAUGAAGGUGUAUAAAAGUGUUUUUAAUAACCGCACAAUAUAA